UUCAGACACGUGAGAACCAAUUCAAACUUGGUGAGUAUGUCUUGGGUCACCAAAUUUGGUACAGUGUUGUUUGGUUCAACUAUUCCAUAUUUCUCUUACAGACAUCCUGAUGUGAAAGAGGCUUUAGCAGGUCAGAGGCCAGUUGUGGCUUUGGAAAGCACUAUUAUCACACAAGGAAUGCCUUAUCUUCACAAUCUCAGCACAGUAAAGGAAGUGGAGGUGAUUGUGAGGGCUGAGGGUGCAGUCCCAGCAACCACUGGGAUUCUUGAGGGCAGGAUUCAUGUGGGCCUUUCUGGCACAAAGCAAAACAUAACUAAAAGUGUCCAGAAGAGAUCUACCUUAUGUCAUCAGCAAGGGUUUGUCGGGUGGCACAACUGUCUCCGGCACAAUGAUUGUGGCUCACAGGGCUGGGAUUCCUGUCUUUGUAACCGGAGGCAUUGGAGGAGUACAUAGAGAUGGAGAAAACUGAACGUUUAUUUUCAAAAUUGUCCAUAUUUCCAUGUGAAAUGUAUACUGGAGUGUAUUUAAUGACCAAUAUAAUAUCUCUUGUAGCCCUGCAUGUGAGCUCAGACCUCACUGAACUGGCUCGAACACUGCUGUUGGGUCUGCUGGGGUGAAAUCCAUCCUAGAUAUCGGUCGCACUGUUGAGUUUUUUGUAAGUGCUCGAACCCAGUUACCAUUUUGUAAGUCUGCAUGUGAACACCACUGGGUGAAAUUGUGAAGAUAUGUAUUGUAAUUGAAAUCUACAAGCGCAAAUAAAUAAUGUGUAAUAAAAUAAA